UGGGGCUAUUUUUUCACAGCUCGAAGCUAGCGAAAGAGGCAACGGCACGUGUACAACAUCUUUUCUUUCUGUCGGUUUUCCCGCUUCCUUUGCCCCUCGCUCACUCCUCUUCCCUUUAAUCUUCGCCUCGCACCUUCGACUGGCCGUUGCGUAGUUGCCAUGGAGCUCGUGUGUCUGUGACCAAUGUCCUUCGAGAAUACGAGUUGCCUUUCUCUCGUUGGCGGCGAUGGCGGCCUUGUUUGAGUGCUCCGACCUGCCGAGCUAUGGACGGCAGGUGUGCACACUCUAUUCCCUCAGUCUGCUUUCCCGCUUUCUGGCCCCAUCUGUCCCUCUGUCUGUCUUUCGUAAUGCCGCACGUGGUCCGGCUGGAUGCUCGGAACUUGUGCUGGCGAUGAUCUGUGCGGCCGUCGUUGUCCACGCGGCAGAGCAACGGCGGGCUGUCGAUGUCGAGUACCUCUCCGCUCACUACGAACCCUCUCACCAACCCACCGGCUCGUCAAACCAUUUCGUACCCUAUUCUCGCCUGCUUCAGGCUGAUGACCCUAGUAGCUUGGAUAUGGAGUCGCUGGAAUCUCCGUCGUCAGACUCACAGCCUUCCUCAAACUUGACGCUGCUGGAUUCUGCUCUUAUCCUUGAUGAGAGACUCGUUAUGUACCGAAGGCCCCUGCCACCCUUCCUAGGUGAUGAUCCGAAGAGCGGUAGGCAGCUGGGUUACACGGUGAUUCGAGACAUAGUUUUUGUUCCCAACUCCACUCUCUUGUUCUUCGUUCUCGACGAAUAUCGUUUUGAAGGCGAGCCGUCGAAGCGCGUCGCCGAGCGCACCUCGUUCAGGAAAGUAGAUCUAGAGGAGGUCAAUCAAGGGCUUCGAACGCUCGCCGAGGACGAAGUGAUUACCUACUGGUGGCCAUACGCAGAGGAUGUCGGCUCGGCAAAUGCCUCGCCGUUUAUCCUUCGCCAUCAGACGGAUUUAAGUACUUCUAUGGCCGAUCCCUGGGGCAUGGAAUUGACGGCAAGUGCGGCGUAUCUCAUCGUGGGCUUGAAUCCGACAGGUAAAGCAGCAAAAGGAAGGCCAAUGAUCGCCGCUAUUUCGACGCGCAAUGGAAGCCACGUGGCCGUCAGUGCCCCAGCUGAUUCCUUGAGGGGCGUCUACAAGGAGAUGGAACAGAGCCCCACACAAUUGGCCCAUUUGCUGGAAUUUUUAUGCAAAAAGGGGAAUGACGUCAUGUUCCUUGGCAAGCCGCACACGCGAGUCAUGUGGGAGGUUUUGAAGAGCGGCCGACACGUGGUCACGCUGGAAGGGAAUUUUGAGUUGUUGCAAUACACAUUGGAGUUCCUCAAAAGCGAGGUCAACUCUGGAGCCAACWGAUGCGAGUUCAUUUCGACGAGCGAGAAACCAACACGCGUUCGGGAACCGUUUACGGACAUGUGGUUCAAGUUGAGCGAGCGGAAGAGGAACAAAAUCUACAAGUUCCUCUUUUUGGAAAUGCGGCCCAGGAGGGAUGUCGACGCUGAGCACAUCCGCCGCAAGGAACAAAUGUUAGCGUUGUUGGACAACUACCACGAUGCCUCAUGCAAUAACGCAAAGAACUUUCUCGACCAGCUGCAGUGUUUGUACUUCGUUGAGUCUGAGCACGUGUUGAAGCUUGAGAGUUAUGGUGCCUUGAUCUCCACGGACGACGAGGCGGAGACAGGCAUUGUUUUCGACAGGGCUAGCCCGGAGGAGGACUGCGACACCGAGGACAUCGACAUCGAUUACCAUCCUGCUCCGGUGUUUCAUGCCCCAGGCUCCUCGUCGGCCGGUCCCUCAACAAGCCAGGCCACCCAAGCGUCACCUGUGCUCACGUUCACCCCGGGUAAGACCCCGAAUAAGCUGGCGGCGAGACUGACGCCUCGGCCUGCCACCCCGCCUCUGUUGCAUUCUGGGAGUUAUGUUCCACUGCAUCAUCCUUCUCGCAAGGAUGAUACCGUUCACUUCAAAAGKCUCAACCACACUCGAUCAAGCGAGGCGGACUGGGGCCAUGACAUGAUUUGGCACCCGGGAACUAUCCAGCCGGCAAUCCAGAAGGGCGAGUGGGUCAUGGCCCUCAUCAACGACCAAGGGUUGUGGGAGCCAUACCCGCGCCAUACAAAGGCCGAGUAUCGGGAACACGCGAGAAGUUCGGUGGUCGACAGAGUGAGGUCUGUGAAUCCCGACCUUCAACCCGCCGAACGGACCAUCGAUUCCACUGCCGAACUUCUGUUUCAAGAACUUCAGAACAAGCAGUGGUUGGAACUUUUGGACAAAUUUUACGACCUCGACACGAGCCCUUCGAAGGGAUGGGUGGACUGGAAGCUAUGCGCGUGGGCACCGACGAGCGGUCCGCGGUAUUUCUACAAAGUUUCGGGAAAACGGGAUGAAUUGCAUGGGAGGGAUGGAGGGGAAGAAGGGGGAAAAGGGGAAGAAGGGGAAGAAGAGGAGGAAGGGGAAGAAUGGGAGGAAGGAGAGGAAAUGGGAGAAAAAGAGUUGAUUCUGUUGCGUGAAGGAGAAGAGGGUGAACAAGGGGAUUUUGAUAUUGAAGAUAACGAACGGGUGGACAUUGAGGACAAUGUAGGCUGUGAAGAGUCGUCAGACUGGUUUGGGCUGCUGUACAGAGAGGAUCGCAGCCGUGAUGUCCACGACGAUGCAACGACAAUGGAGAUGGAGACGCAGGUGGUCAGUGACCUUUCAGCAGACCCUGAAGAUUAUGAGAUUCAACCGGUGACGGCAACAAUCAAUCUCCAACACCAGUGCGACGAGGUUUCCAUUGCUGUGAUCCCGGCUGAACCAAGUCCGCUGUUCAACAUCGUCGAAGUAAUCGAUGGCAUACUCUGCGACGAGCAGGUGUCCGCAGAACGAUCGGCAACGAUUGUCGUGGACGACCCCCGCAACGUCACACCUUCCGUGCCCUCUGCCGCCGUUUUCUCACCACCCACCUCUCUGAUACUGGCCACCAACUUUGCAAGCGGCUGGGAGGGCGAAGUCGGGGGUCGGCAACAAGUUACGUCCCCGAAAAAAUCUAGGGUCGGCAGUCAAGCCCUUGACGUGCUGACCUUACCCGAGCCAACGUCACCGACGAAGGAGCGAAGGGAUAAACCGGUUGGUAAGUAGUGAUGAACGCCACGACGUGCUCGCUCCCGAACGAUG